CGAGGCCGAGGCCCUUCCUUCUCGCUAUUUACCCCUCAACUCAGAUCCAUCAUCCACCGCCACCCUUUAUAACCUUACAUUCCCUUCUACCGCACCCCCUCUCUCUCUGCUUUUCUUUCUCUCGUUUGGCCAUUAAGGGGGGAGAAAGAGAGAGAGGAAGGAAAGAAGAACACCCAGAGUCUCAGAUCAGCUUGUUUAUCUAUAUUAUCAAAGAUGCAGUCAAGUUCAACCAACGCUCCUGAUCUCAACUCAAAACAACAACAACAACCGCCAACGCAACAAACCAGACAGCAACAACAACAACAUCCACAAUGGGUGCCUAACCAGUGGAUGGGAGCCAUGCAAUACCCGGCGGCUGCUAUGGUCAUGAUGCAGCAGCAGAUGAUGAUGUACCCUCACCAUCAUUAUAUGGCUUACAAUAAUCAUCAUUACCAUUAUCAACAAUACCAACAGCAGCAGCAGCAACAACAAAAACAGCAACAAGGGUGUAAUUCGGAUGAGGUUAAAACGAUCUGGGUUGGUGACCUUGUUCAUUGGAUGGAUGAAACUUAUCUCCACGGUUGCUUCUCUCAUACUGGCGAGGUUUCUUCAGUAAAGAUUAUACGCAAUAAGCAAACUGGUCAGUCUGAAGGAUAUGGGUUUGUGGAAUUUUACUCAAGGGCAACAGCUGAAAAGGUUUUGCAAAGUUAUAAUGGUUCUCUAAUGCCAAAUACAGAGCAGACUUUUCGUCUGAAUUGGGCUUCCUUCAGUGUGAAUGAAAGGCGGCCCGAUGCUGGUUCUGACCUAUCUAUAUUUGUAGGAGAUUUGGCCACUGAUGUAACUGAUUCGAUAUUGCUUGAAACCUUUUCUAGUAGAUUUCAAUCAGUGAAGGGAGCAAAAGUUGUUAUUGAUUCAAAUACUGGUCGUUCAAAAGGCUACGGUUUUGUUAGGUUUGGUGAUGAAAAUGAAAGGUCAAGGGCCAUGACUGAAAUGAAUGGUGUGUAUUGCUCCAAUAGACCUAUGAGAAUUGGGGUUGCAACUCCCAAGAAAGCAUCUGGUCAUCAACAACAGUAUUCUUCACAAGCUUUGGUGUUGGCUGGUGGACAUGCAUCAAAUGGUGCUUUGGCACAAGGUUCUCAAUCUGAUAAUGACUCAAAUAACACUACUAUAUUUGUUGGAGGACUUGACUCAGAUGUUAGUGAUGAUGAUCUUAGGCAACCUUUUUCCCAGUUUGGUGAGGUCAUCUCCGUAAAAAUACCACCCGGGAAAGGAUGUGGGUUUGUGCAAUUUGCAAACAGAAAGAAUGCUGAGGAAGCAAUCCAGAGUUUGAACGGGACGACCAUAGGCCAGCAGACUGUUCGUCUUUCUUGGGGUCGUACUAUAGGAAACAAGCAGCAGUGGAAUGGAGGACAUCAUUGAGGGCAAGGCGAUGGUGGUUAUGGCUACGGCUAUGCUGCAGCACCAAAUCAGGAUCCAAACACGUAUACUGUGGCUGCUGUUACUGGUUCUUCUUAAGAGGGGUGCAUGACAAUCAUGAAUGGCUUGUAAUCUGAACUUGCAGGACAAGUUUUCAAGUUAAUCAGAUUCAUUAAUUAAGUAGGAUGGGUUUGGGUUUUGCUUGCUGCUUUAGCUGAUUCUUCAGGUUACAGAAUUUUGUAGCUGGAUUUUAAUCUUUAAACCUUGAAGUUGUUUUAGAACUGUAUUAAUAUGUCAUUUACAAUUUAAAUUUUUUGCUUGA